UCUCUCACAUGGAGUACGCAUUCACCAUGGCAACCUCCUCCUCGAGGAUCAGCGCCCGCACUUACAGUUGAUCGACGCCGCAGGCGCUCGGCCAUCUCCGGCCCGGAAAAACCUGCUCGCGGCGGCGGAGGUGGCCAUGGCGGCGGCGGACAGGGCGGAGCUCGCGCUCGCGGAGAGCCUCAUCGAGACGGUCAACGAGAUUGCCUCCAUCUCCGACUACAGGUGCGCGGUGAAGAGGCAGUACUGCAACCUCGCCCGGCGGCUGAAGCUCCUGAUCCCGAUGUUCGAGGAGGUCCGGGAGUCGAAGCGGCCGGUCGGCGAGGGGGCGGCGGGGGCCCUGGCCUCGCUGAAGGAAGCGCUGGAUUCGGCCAAGGAUUUGCUCCGAUUCGGGAGCGAGGGGAGCAAGAUUUACAUGGUCCUAGAAAGGGAGCAACUCAUGAGCAAGUUUGACGAGGUGACAGCGCAUAUAGAACGAGCUCUAAGUGCAAUUUCCUAUGAAGAACUCGAUAUAUCUGACGAAGUUCAGGAGCAGGUUGAGCUUGUUCUUGCACAGUUCAGAAGAGCCAAAGGACGGACUGAUCCACCGGACAUGGAACUCUAUCAAGAUCUAUUGUCUCUUUAUGAGGGCAUUGACGCAGCUGCAGAUCCAACUGUCCUAAGGAGAUUGAUUGCGAAGUUGCAAUUGAUGGAAAUAACUGACCUUACUCAGGAAUCGCUUGCUCUAUUUGAGAUGGUUUCUGCUAGUGGCGAGGAUCCAGGGAAGAGCAUUGAGAAGAUGUCCAUGCUGUUGAAGAAAAUUAAAGAUUUUGUUCAGACAGAGAACCCUGAAAUGAAUGCUCCUGCAAAAGUAGAAAGUUCACCCCUGCGUUCAGCUGGAGAAGCAUCUGCUGAUGGAAACCACAAAGCCCCCAUUAUACCAGAUGAUUUCCGCUGUCCAAUAUCAUUAGAGUUGAUGAAGGAUCCUGUCAUUGUUUCAACAGGACAGACCUAUGAACGCUCUUGCAUUGAGAAAUGGCUGGAAGAAGGGCAUGGAACAUGUCCAAAGACACAACAAACCCUCGCCAAUACCUCCCUCACACCGAACUACGUUUUGCGCAGCCUCAUAGCUCAGUGGUGUGAAGCAAAUGGCAUCAAACCGCCUAAACGUCCUGCGAGCUCUCACGCUAAUAAAGCUACUUCUGCCUUCUCCCCUGCUGAUCGUGCAAAGAUUGAAGUUCUUCUCCGUAAACUAAUCUCUGACAUCCCCGAAGAGCAGCACUCUGCCGCUGGUGAGAUCCGCCUUCUUGCGAAGCGCAAUGCAGAUAAUCGUGUCGCCAUUGCUGAAGCCGGCGCAAUUCCUCUCCUAGUAAGACUCCUCUUAACACCUGACUCUCGUACGCAGGAGCAUGCCGUAACAGCUCUUCUAAACUUAUCCAUAUGCGAAAACAAUAAGGGAACCAUCGUCUCUUCGGGAGCAGUUCCUGGUAUAGUUCACGUUCUGAAGAAGGGAAGCAUGGAAGCGCGGGAAAAUGCGGCAGCCACCCUUUUCAGCCUUUCGGUCGUGGAUGAAUAUAAAGUCACCAUUGGUGCUUCGGGCGCAAUACCACCGCUAGUAGCGCUUUUAAGUGAAGGUACCCAAAGGGGGAAGAAAGAUGCUGCAACAGCACUUUUCAAUUUGUGUAUAUACCAAGGCAACAAGGGUAAGGCUGUGAGGGCCAGUAUCGUGCCCACACUAAUGCGACUGCUCACCGAACCUGUGGGUACUAUGGUGGAUGAGGCCUUGGCCAUAUUGGCGAUACUUGCUAGUCACUCCGAAGGAAAGGCAGCCAUGGGAGCUGCCGAGGCAGUGCCUGUUCUUGUCGAGUUUAUCGGCCGUGGUUCUCCACGAAACAGAGAGAAUGCAGCUGCAAUUUUGGCGCAUCUCUGCUCUGCAGAUCAGAGGCACCUAGUAAAGGCACAAGAACUCGGAGUGAUGGGUUCACUCGUGGAUUUGGCGCAAAACGGGACAGAUAGAGGGAAGAGAAAGGCGGCACAAUUACUCGAGCGAAUAAGCCGGUAUGUCGAGCAGCAGAAGCAGGCUCAGGCGCAAGCUGAAGAAGCCGAUGCUCAGAUUCACCAUACACAGCCUCUCCCCCAAAGAGAUAGCUAACUGUUUAUACGAUUUUUCGUUCUUUCUCUGUUCUUGGGAAACAUUUUGGAAAGCCAGCUUUCAUUUUUCGUCGCAGGUGGGAAAAUCACCUGGCCAUGCAAGUUAAAAUUCUUUUGUCAGCCCGUGGCAAGGACCGCAUCAUUCUUACUGUUUGUCGGAAGAAAUGCGGCCAAAGGUGGCAGCGCGGAGGGAGAUCGAGGAGGGGCUAAGUUAUUUCUGACAUCAGUAUACAAUGUACACGAGCUAAAUGUACCAUCAUCGUCCUAAGUUUUUUAAUGGAAGAGAUGUCUGUUUACAUAACUGUUGGACUCGCAAAUUUGUCCCAUGUGUCGACAGCAAAAGUUUCUGUUCCAAUGUCAUACUUCCUAUAUAUAAGCUACGACCAGUUUUUCAACA